CUCGCUAGUCAAGAUUUAUCAUGACACUGAAACAUCACACAGCCAUCUUUUUACCUUAGUCACAUAUUUUGGACUAUGUUUUUUGUUUUCUUUUUUGGAACAGUUUUCUUAAUAACAGGCAGUUUAGUGCAGUUGAUACUAACAUUUUUAUAAGGCUUUCCUUGUGAGUCAUGACAGCAGAGCAGAAAGCAGCAACAAAUCAGCCUCUCCAAGAUUUGGAACCCAGAUACUGAAGAACAACAACCUGAGGAAGAAAAGGAGGAGGAAGGUGGGUCCUUGGGUCUCAGAAAGGAUUUGAAGAGAAAAUUGGAGACCAUGUGGAAAUCAAAGAAUCAGAGCACAGUGCAGAAACAGGAAGUGACAAUCUGCACUUUCUCUUUGGCUUCUGGCUCAUGGAAAGGGAAAGGAAUGUCUCUCUGCAGAGACACAGUGCAAGCUGACAACUCCAGAGGCCUUCAGGGAGAAAUGCACCAGUGAAACGGAGCAGUGGUUGACGUGCGCUACACCAGCAGGGAGCGAGUCAAGGCCAUGUUCUACCACGCCUACGACAGCUAUCUGGAAAAUGCCUUUCCCUACGACGAGCUGCGACCUCUCACGUGUGAUGGGCAUGACACCUGGGGCAGUUUUUCUCUGACUCUCAUUGAUGCUCUGGACACCUUACUGAUUUUAGGGAAUGUCUCUGAAUUCCAGAGAGUGGUUGAAGUGCUCCAGAACAACGUGGACUUUGAUAUCGAUGUGAACGCCUCUGUGUUUGAAACCAACAUUCGAGUGGUAGGAGGACUUCUGUCGGCUCAUCUGUUGUCAAAGAAGGCUGGGGUAGAAGUGGAGGCGGGAUGGCCCUGUUCAGGACCUCUCCUGAGGAUGGCUGAGGAGGCAGCCCGGAAACUUCUCCCAGCCUUUCAGACCCCCACUGGGAUGCCGUAUGGAACGGUGAACCUGCUGCAUGGCGUGAACCCAGGAGAGACCCCUGUCACCUGUACAGCAGGAAUCGGAACCUUUAUCGUGGAAUUUGCCACCUUGAGCAGCCUCACUGGAGACCCUGUGUUUGAGGAUGUGGCCAGAGUGGCCCUGAUGCGCCUGUGGGAGAGCCGAUCCGAUAUUGGGCUGGUUGGCAACCACAUUGAUGUGCUCACAGGCAAGUGGGUGGCCCAGGAUGCGGGUAUUGGAGCUGGUGUUGACUCCUAUUUUGAGUACCUGGUGAAAGGAGCCAUCCUGCUUCAGGACAAGGAACUCAUGGCCAUGUUCCUAGAGUAUAACAAGGCCAUCCGGAAUUACACGCGCUUCGGUGACUGGUACCUGUGGGUGCAGAUGUACAAGGGGACUGUGUCCAUGCCCGUCUUCCAGUCUUUGGAGGCCUAUUGGCCAGGUCUUCAGAGCCUCAUUGGGGACAUUGAUAAUGCCAUGAAGACCUUCCUCAACUACUACACUGUAUGGAAGCAGUUUGGAGGACUCCCAGAGUUCUACAACAUUCCUCAGGGGUACACUGUGGAAAAGCGGGAGGGUUAUCCACUUCGGCCGGAGCUCAUUGAGAGUGCGAUGUACCUCUACCGUGCCACGGGCGACCCCACCCUCCUGGAACUUGGAAGAGAUGCUGUGGAGUCCAUUGAAAAAAUCAGCAAGGUGGAGUGCGGAUUUGCCACGAUCAAAGAUCUCCGAGACCACAAGCUUGACAACCGCAUGGAGUCCUUCUUCCUGGCCGAGACUGUGAAAUACCUCUACCUUCUGUUUGACCCCACCAAUUUUAUCCACAACAAUGGCUCCACCUUCGAUGCCGUGAUGACCCCCUAUGGGGAGUGCAUCCUCGGGGCUGGGGGCUACAUCUUCAACACAGAAGCUCAUCCCAUCGACCCUGCCGCCCUGCACUGUUGCCGGAGACUGAAGGAGGAGCAGGGGGAAGUGGAAGACUUGAUGAGGGAAUUCUAUUCUCUCAAACGGAGUAGGUCAGGAUUCCAGAAGAAGACAGUGAGUUCGGGGCCCUGGGCACCCCCGGCAGGGCCUGGAACACUGUCCUCUCCUGACGAGCCCAGGGAGAAGCCGGCGAAGCAGAAAACCUCACUUCUCAGCUGCCCCAGUCAGCCCUUUACCUCUAAGCUGGCGUUGCUGGGACAGGUUUUCCUCGAUUCCUCAUAACCACUGGAUGAUAUUUUAUUUUUAUUUUUAUUUUUAUUUUUUUGAGACUAAACUAUAGCAAUAAAUCUGCUUUGGCUGUCAUGUUUUACACAUUGAAUUAUUUUUAUUCAAAGAAAGAGUUUGUGGCUAAUAACAAUUAUGAAUCCUGUUUAUUUUUCUCAGAAGGUUGGAGAGACAGCUAAAAAAGCCACAGUGCUUUAUUUAAAUCUCCCUUUCUUUUCUGGUAACUUUGGGGAGGGUACUGUUACAAAUAUGUUUCUUUGUUAGUACUUGUCUAGCAUGUGUUUCUGCCCUUUAACCAGCUUUUUCCCUUCUAUGCAUCUGUUCUUCCAGGGAACAAACGUUUAUUUUAUUAAGUACCUUUGGAUGCUACCACAACCCCAGAGGGUCGGCAGCAAACAGAGAAACUUUUAUUCUUGUGGAAACUAAAUUGUAGCAGAUAGAAAUAAACUCAUGAAUACAUACAGCAACACUGACCUAAGUCCAUGAAGCAGUAGGGUGUUACGCUAACCAGCAUGGGGCAAACUCGGCUACCUUAGCUAGGGUGGUCUGUGAAAGAAGAACUUCCUGAGGAGGGAGGUUUUUAAGCCUUUAAUAACACAGACUUUUAAAUGAACAAAAUGGUAAUCUAUCUGGUGCUUAUCACCUGACUUCAGCAAAUCCAGCUUCAAAGACAGCAGACUCAUGGCCAACCUUCCUUCCUUUAUAUCUAUUUAAGAACAUUUAGAGUCUCCUACAUCAUGUUCUUUCUUUCUUUCUUUCUGUGGGUUUUUUUUUUUUUUUUUUUUUUUUUUUUUUUUUUUUUGAGACAAGGUCUCACUGUGCAGUUCAGGCUGGCCUUGAGCUCACUUUGUAUCCCAAGCUGGUCUCGAACUUGCAAUGAUCCUCCUGCCUCAGCCUCCCGAGUGCUGGGAUUAUAGGAAUGCACCACCACACCCAGCUCACAUCAUGUCAUUUCAUCCUUAAAAAUACUUUCAAAUAUGGGGCUGGGGGUUUAGCUCAGUGGCAUAAGCACCUGCCUUGCAAGUGUGCGGUCAUGAGUUCGAUCCCUAGUACCAAUAAAAAGGAAAAAGACAAAAAAAAAAAAAAACUUCCAAAUGCAUCUCUGCUGCACACCUAUAAAAACGAAGUUGUUCCUUAAUUCCUUCAAAUAUUCAAUUAAUGUUUAAUAUUUUCUGUUGUCUUAUAAGUGUGUAGCUUUGAAUCAGGAUUCAAGCAGGACUCAUAUAUGUAGAAUUAGAUGUCAUACUUUCAGUGUCUUCUACAACUGUUUCUUUCUUUCCCGCUUCCUUCCCCAUCCAUCUUUUUUUCCCCUCCAUCUCUAGUCACCUAUUUUCAUUGUGAAGUCUCAGUGAAACUAAGUUUUUUUUAUGGAUUUCUCAUUAUACAUUUUUCUAAUUGUGUCUCCAUCACAUUUAUAUGUGGCACUUUAUUUUUUGGUAAAUUAAUAAUAAGAGCUAGACACACCAUCAGAUUCAUAUUUUUAAAUUUUAUUUUUCUGGGAAGAAACAAAAACAGAUGAGGGAAAGGAGAAAAGAAGGGAAAAGCAAAAUUAUGCACACACAAGAAGCCAUGUACAGGCCACCGCUGGGAUCAGCCACACCCAAGCCUCUCCCUGUGAGUCAGUGCCAUUCGAGGAUUUGGAGGGAAGGGAGAGCAAGGCCACACCAGCAAGCAAGCCCAGUCUGGGAACCAGCGCCAUGCGGGGCCACCACUGGACUGGGAACAGCCAAAUCCCAGCCCCUUCUGGUACACAGGCUGACAAACAAGAAGUACCAACUCCCUUUAGCCCCCCUCCCCCAUAAGUGACCAGCUUAUCUGGAGAAACACAGGCUGCGAUGAUAGCUGUGGAGGUGAAAUGCAAUUGGAUGCCUGCGGUGCUUUGGUGUUUCAUGACAUUGCAGGGGUCUGAUCAUAGGUUCAGAGGAUAGUGGUAGGUAGAGUGGCAUCUAGUAGGAGGGAUUUCCUUCUGAGAGUUGUAGCCAUUGUUCAUUCCCUAUGAUCUUGUUUUGAAGUCAUAUUUCCAUUGUUUUGUUGGAUUGGAUUUUCUUUUGUUUGAUUAUGGCAGGAGUAGUUCUUUUAAAGAUAGCAAGAUAUAUUAUGGUAGCAAUUUUGGAUUUACUGUUGGCCUGUUUUGAAGUCUUUUACUGCAUUCAUCAUUGUUUUUAUUGUUUCUAUUCUAUUCUGCUCUGUUUGACUUUUACUAUGUCCGAAGUUAUCUGCAGCUAUUUUGAUGACAUCAGAAGGCAUUAUCGUAAUUAUUAUUGAUUUUGUAAUGUUCUGAAGUCCUGUAUUGCUUACACUGGUUUGUUUUGAUUAGUUUUAUUCUAUUUUAUCCUCUUAAAAAUAAAAACAAAUUGUACAUACACAGGUAGAUAAGAUGGUUACACUACUAGUUUCUCUCAUCUCAUUGAGAAGAGGGUGUCUAAUAUUGUUUGGACAGCUAACUGCCGGUCUGGACAUCCUGUACUCAGAGUAACAAUGCAAAGAUGACAACAUGUAAUGUGUUAAACAAUUGUUACUCCCCUACUGUCUUGUUCUGAAAUUUUGUGAGGUUUUCUCCUCUUUAAAAAUAAAACUUUUAUUUUUCAA